UCCGGCUAACUUCUCUCUUCCGUCUGCUGCUCAAAGUUUGAUCAAUCUCUCUCUCUCUCUCUCUCUCGCUCUGCUGCUCCCCCUCCUGCUUGCUCGGUGGCUAAUGAGCGAGGGAUCUUGACCAUCGGCCGCCUACGUCCGCCUCUCAUUCCGCUCUCUCUCUCUCUCGCUAGUCUUCCUCUGGCUAUGUCCUCAGCAUCUUCUUCAGCCCCUGCAGCAGCUGUGCUCUUUCAGUAGAUGAAGCGUAAGAGGUGAAAAUUGUUCUUUUCUUAGGUUUUCUGUAGUUGUUAGAUGGUUUCUGUCCCAAUUAGUAAGUUAGAUUGAUCUGGGAAAUCGCUUUGGCGAGAUGGGUCCAAUCUAGGGAGCGAUGCUUGCUGUUCUUUCAGUCCAGCCAGUUGGGUGCCACUGCUUUGAUUCGAACUAAUACCCUUGAUUCUCGGUUUGUGUUGGUCGAUUAAUUUUGGGAUUUAUCCGCUUGGUUCUGAGAGGUUUUUGAUGACCUUAGACGGCGUUUGGGGAUAAACAAUGGGGAAGAAAGCGAAGAAGAAGGCCCGGACACCUACGAAGGAGAAAAGGAUCUCUGCCCCGGUCCAGAAAGAUGUCCCCCGAGACAGUGCUGGUCCGACCGAUGUGGCGGUAUCGGUCGGUGAUGGAGCUUCUCUUCCGAAUGAAAAGAGACCGUGUUCCCACCUUGAAAAGGGAUUUGAUUUGACCGCCCUAUCGGAAAAAAUUGGGUCCUCAGAGACCAUAAGAUGUGAGGAUUGUAGGGCUGGUGCUACUGACAGGAGGGGCAAUAACGGGAAGGGCAAGCAUGGGAAGAAGAAGGCGAGCGCUUCGGUGGACUUGAAGUCGGAAUCAAGAGCCAUUUGGAUUUGUUUGGAAUGCGGACAUUACGGGUGUGGUGGGAUUGGGUUCCCAACAGUUCCUCAGAGCCAUGCUGUUCGUCACGCGAGGCUUAUGCGUCACCAGUUAGCAAUCCAACUCGAGAACCCUUACCUUCGCUGGUGUUUCCCUUGUAGUGGUCCCAUCUCAGCGGAGAAAACUGAGGAGAGCAACGAAUGCAAGGAUUUAUUUGGGGAAGUCGUGAAGUUAAUUAAAGGACGAAGUACAAAGAGCUCGAAAGCUGAUAUAGAGGAUAUUUGGUUUGGUGGUGGAAGUGUUACAAGUGAAGUGAUCCAGAAAGCAGAGAGUGCGGUUUCUGGCGGUCUAGAACGAACAAGGAGUGGUGGGUAUGUGGUGAGGGGAUUGGUUAAUCUCGGAAAUACAUGCUUUUUCAACUCAGUCAUGCAGAAUUUGCUUGCAAUGGAUCGUUUACGGGAUCAUUUGCUGACAUCUGACUCAUCGUCUAUUGGGCCACUUGCUAUAUCCUUGAAGAAGCUUUUUUUAGAAAUAGAGGGUGAAGCAGGAAAAAGGAAUGUGAUUAAUCCAAGAUCAUUAUUUGGGAGUGUCUGUUCAAAGGCUCCACAAUUUAGAGGGUAUCAGCAGCACGACAGUCAUGAGUUGCUCCGUUGCUUGUUGGAUUUAUUAUCCACUGAAGAAUUUGACAUGAGAAAAAGAGAGAAUUCGUUGAAGGACAACAAGAAUUUGACUAUUGUUGACUCCAUUUUUGGGGGACAUAUAUCUAGCACCGUUUGUUGCAUGGAAUGUGGGCAUACGUCCACAGUAUAUGAGCCAUUCUUGGACAUCUCGCUCCCGGUCCCUACUAAGAAGCCCACACCGAAAAAGUCCCAGCCUGUUUCCCGCGGAAAGAAGGCAAAAGUGAUGCCCAAGAGAGGCGGUAAGCCACGAGCAAAAGCUAGUAGAGAUUCUUUAAGCAUCUGGGCUAACAAUCCACAGCCACCCUUUGAAGGCCUUGAGGCUUCUGGUUCUUCUUCUUCUUUGGAUUCUCGAGUACAAAAUUCUGCUGUUGUUAAUGAAAAACGUGAUAUUAAAGAUGAUGAAAGUGGUGGAAACAGACCGAUUGUUGAGGUAUCAGCUGACAAGGCAGCUGGUGCGACGGAAGAUAGUUGCGCAUGGUUAGAUUAUCUCGACUCCUCAGAGCCUUUAUCAGGUGAAGUUAACUUUGCCUCCCAAGAUGAUAAUUCUGUGCUCGAUGAAGGUGCUCAGAUGGACGAUGAUUCUACAAGGAUGGACAAUCUUUGUCCUGAAGCUGUUUCAGAUGAUAUUGGCUCAACUUCAGUUAAUAAUAAUGAUGUUGAACCUAAUGAUCAUGGUGCAGGGGAUGAUUAUUUAAAGGACAAGAUGCAUUUGAGAAACCCUUGCGAAGAUGAGGAGCCAUUAUCUAGAGUCGGAGAUUCUCAAGUUCUGCUGCUACCUUAUAAGGAAGAGGAUAGUCAAGUUUCUGUAGUGACCUCAAGUGAAGGACAAGUGGACACCUCAUGGGUUGGCCCAGCCUUUGGACCAGAUGAAUCAGCAGAAUUUGAUGGGUUUGGCGACUUAUUUGCUGAGCCUGAGAUCGUUUCGGGACCCGCUGGAGAUUCCUCUUUAGGUGCUAAUAGCAACACUGUGGGGAAUAGCAGCGAUUCUGACCCUGGCGAGGUUGAUGAUUCAGACUCUCCGGUAUCGGUUGAGAGUUGUUUGGCCCACUUUACAAAGCCUGAGCUUCUCUCCAGAGAUAAUGCUUGGCACUGUGAGAAGUGUUCCAAGGCUCUGCAACUUCAACAGACGAAUAAGACCAAGAAAAAGAAAGCCAUGGGAGAGAUUUGCGAUAAUGGAAGUGAGGGUAAAAGCGGGAUCAAUCGGGUUAUUCCAGACAGGAUUUCUUGCAAUGGAAAUGCAAGCACUGAUCUUUCUUGCAGUGGGAAGUUAGAUCACUCGGGCAACUACUCCACAAAGUCUGAUGAUUCUGAGAGUAGUAAAGGUGAAUCGGAAGAUGAGAUUAAAACACGUGAAACUGAGGCCAGCCUCAGCAGUCGAACUGAGGAGACCCUUAUGGAUAAAAGGCAAGAAGAUGAUUCCCAAGACAACGAGUCAGAGGUAGUUGAGAAGGAUGAGGAGGUGGAGAAAGCUGCGCCUAGUGUGAAGGUGAAGAGAGAUGCAACUAAGCGGGUCCUAAUAUUUAAGGCCCCGCCAAUCCUCACUGUUCAUCUCAAGCGGUUUAGUCAAGAUGCUCGUGGUCGAUUCAGUAAAUUAAGUGGUCAUGUCAUUUUUCGAGAAAUGAUAGACCUAAGACCAUACAUAGACUCCAGGGGCAAGGGUGAACAGAAGUGUGUAUACCGACUAGUAGGUGUCGUGGAGCACCUCGGGACAAUGCGGGGUGGACACUACGUAGCCUACAUCAGAGGCAGUGGCUCAGUUUGGUACCACGCAAGCGAUGCGCUCGUGCGGGAGGUCACACUCGAGGAGGUUCUCCGCUGUGAUGCAUACAUAUUGUUUUACGAAUUAAUCUGAAUUUAAUCAGUUCAUUGUUUGGGCUCUGUUUAUGAUUCUUCUUUCAUUGGGAAGAAAAUUUAAAAAGCGAGUGAAGAGCAGUGAGAGGCAGAGGGAGAGGAAGCUGGAAACCAGAAUCCAAACCCGGUGAGUGUACAACUAGGGAUCAUAUUGAGAUUUGUCAGUUUUAAUUUUCCUACCAAAAUUUUUGACAUGUAACAAGAUACAUAGUGUACAUUUUUCUCGACAAAUAUACGAUUAGAGAAGAAUGCUUUUGAGUCAUUUGUUAUUUGUAAGGUCCCUUUUGCAUUUCGGCCUUGACCUGCAGUUCGAUGGGAGCAGUGGGUCAAAUGAAAAGAUUGUUCGAGCGUAAGAAGCGAAGCGCUAUUGUAGUUUAAUGUUUUCUCUUGUCGGAGAGAAGUUCUAUACCAUGUUAUGGUCCGAAAGACUUGAUGUUAAUUGUAUUCGGAUUUGAGAGCCUUUGGAUCAAUGCUGCCUGGUUGUUUCUGAUCA